AUGAAAAACUCUUUACGAAGUUACAGACCUGUGCUUCUUCUACUAGCAAUUGCUCUGGUCCUAUGUCUAACCAUGAUUGAGCUGAGUCUUCUUAUUAUAGCUAAAGGAGCCUUAGACACUAACAGCAAGCCGGGCCUGUAUAUAGUGUAUCUUGGCCAACCGGAACACGAUGAUCCCGACCUUGUCACAGCUUCUCAUCAUCAAAUGCUUGAAUCACUUCUCCAAAGCAAAGAAGACGCACGUAACUCAAUGAUCUAUAGCUACCAACAUGGAUUCUCUGGUUUUGCGGCACUUCUUACAUCUUCACAAGCAAAGGAAAUCUCAGAGCAUCCAGCAGUAGUCCAUGUUAUACCAAACCGGAUUCUAAAACUGAAAACCACAAGAACUUGGGAUCACCUUGGCAUCUCUCCAAUCCCAACUCCUUUUUCUUCUUCAUCAGCUGUAAAAGGUCUUCUUCAUGACACCAACUUGGGCAGUGAAGCUAUCAUCGGCGUCCUUGAUACCGGGAUAUGGCCGGAGUCAAAGGUAUUCAACGAUCAAGGUCUUGGACCAAUACCUAAGCGUUGGAGAGGAAAAUGUGAAUCAGGAGAAGAGUUUAACGCCACAAUACAUUGCAACAAAAAUUUAAUAGGAGCUAAGUACUAUCUUAAGGGUCUACUCGCCGAGUUUGGAGAUUACAAAUCCAACAGAUGA